AUGGGGCCGCUGCCGGGGCUCCUGCUGCUGCUGCUGCUGCCGCCGGGCGUGGCGGGGGGCCCCGGGGCCCGGGGGGCCCGGCCCGCGGAGCCGCGCGCCGCCUGGGUGACGGUGCCGCGGCAGCUGAGCCCCCGCGGCGGCGAGGACGCCCCGGCCCUUUCCUACUGGCUGAACGUGGCGGGGCGGCCGCGGGUGCUGCGCCUGCAGCCCAGGAGGGGCCUGGUCUCCCGGCCCUUCACCCUGGUCACCUACGGCCCGGACGGGACCCGCCGGGAGGAGCGCCCCUUCGUGCGGGACAACUGCUUCUACCAGGGCGACGUGCUGGGAAGCCCCGGCUCCCUGGUGGCCCUCAGCACCUGCGGCAGGGGCCUCCACGGCGUGCUCUGGGUGGAGGAUGACACCUACCAGAUCGAGCCCGUCCCCAACGAUCCGGCCUUUCGGCACAUUCUCUCCCGCAUGGAGGAGGCCAACGGCCCCGAGGGAACCAGCUGCGGACUGACGCCGGAGGUACUGCAGCAACAAAAGGCUGUGCUGCCAUGGUUCAAGGCUCCCAAGGCAGAGGAGGAGAACGAAAAGCUGAAGGACUGGUGGACGCACAUCAGGUAUGUGAAGAUAGUAGUGGUCGUGGACCGCGUGCUGUUUGUGAAGUCAGGCAGGAGCAAAUCCCAAGUCUUGAAGCAUAUCAUGCAAGUCAUCAAUUCCGGGGACAUUUUGUACAAACAGCUUUCUGUGCGGCUGUUUCUAAUAGGAUUGGAGAUCUGGACUGAAAAUAACUUUAUAAAUGUUACUAACUCUAUUCCUCAGGUACUUAGUGCCUUUAACGCCUGGAGAAAGUCAAACCUGUUACCUCGGAUGUACCACGAUGUUGCUCACUUAUUUGCAUUUCAGUGGUUUGGAAGCAGCCUGGGAUUGGCAUAUAUAGGGACAGUGUGUGAUAUGCACUGGUCAGCAGCUGUUAUUUCCGACACUGAGAAACAGUUGUCUUCGCUUGUUAUCACAUUUGUCCAUGAGCUGGGCCAUAAUCUUGGGAUGACCCAUGAUAAACCAGAAUGCAAUUGCAAACGCAAGACAUGCAUUAUGUAUGAAAACAAUGCUGAAACGGAUUCGUUCAGUGACUGCAGUUACAAAGAGUACUUUAAUCUGGUUGUAAGUGGCGCUACAUGCCUUCGUCAGCCACCAGCACCUGGCACUUUCUACACCGAUAAACGUGAAUACUGUGGGAAUAAGAUAGUAGACAGUGGAGAGCAAUGUGACUGUGGUUCAGCAGCAAGCUGCCAAAGGGAUCCUUGUUGUCGCUCAAACUGUACAUUUACUGCAGGUUCAGAGUGUGCAUCUGGAAAAUGCUGCAAGAACUGUAAGGUCCUUCCAGCAGGAACACUCUGCAGAGCAAGUACUGGCAGCUGUGACCUGCCAGAGUAUUGCAAUGGGAUUUCCCCUCAGUGCCCCCUGGAUGUAUAUGUACAAGAUGGAGCUCCUUGCAAUGAUGGUAUUUAUUGUUAUAAAGGAAAAUGUUCUUCCCACAGUGAAAAGUGCCAGCAUCUCUUUGGCAAACAAGCCAAGGUUGCCCCUUUCGAUUGCUUCAAAGCAGUGAAUACUCAAGGUGACCGGUUUGGGAAUUGUGGUAUUCCUGACAAUAUCCAUUUUACAAAAUGCAGUACUAAGAAUGUCUUAUGUGGUAGGAUUCAGUGUGAAAACAUAGUCAAAAUACCUUUCUUGCAGAACCAUGUAACAGUAGUCCAAACUCCGGUUCGAGAUAAAAAUUGUUGGGGUCUCGACUAUCACCUAGGGGUGCCAAGAGCAGAUGUGGGAGCUGUGGAAGAUGGCACACCAUGUGGUAGUGAUAUGCUUUGUAUCAACAGGACGUGUAUGAGUGUAUUAGUGCUGAACUACGACUGCAACAUGACAAAGUGUCAUGACAGAGGGGUGUGUAACAAUCGUAAGAACUGUCACUGUAAGUAUGGCUGGGCUCCACCAUAUUGUGAAUUGGAAGGAUUUGGAGGUAGCAUUGACAGUGGACCCCCUCCAAUUAGGAGGGCUCAGAGAGCAAGAGUAAGAAUAGCACUAUUUGUUUUUUUUUCUAUGUGUAUUGUUGGAGUAGCCCUUUCCAUCCAUUAUAGACAGGAAAUAGAGGGAUGGCUUACGAAGAAAAAACCCCAAUUCCAUAGAAUAUCACAGUUUUUUCAAAGAUUGAAAAAAACAAAAGUUCCUAAAGAAAACUUGCCUGCUGGUGAGUCAAAAUCCACCAAAGUUUAAAAAGCAGUAUCUUUGGAUUCUCUUGAGGAAAUCUCCCUUUAGCAGAGCCAUCUGAUAACUCAUCAAAAUAAUUCAACAGGUUCUGAACAGCUCUAAUCUCAUGUGUUAUCAUUAAAUGCAGAGUAAACCUUAUCUCUGUAUAUUUUCUUUUAAGUUAAUAAAUGCAGGUAGUAAGGCAUACUGUUCUUUGUACCCUGAGUUCUUAAACUGAUGUACUCAAGUAAACUGCUAGUAUUGUGUUUGUUUCAUAUCAACAGUUUAAAAAUGCAAACUUCUUAAAACAGGUGUAGAUAAAUUACUUGCUUCAAUUUCUUCCUUCACCUAAUAUUUUCAUCAAUUCAGUGAGAGAGAUGUUUGUGAACAUCUUUUGUCAUUCAUUAACAACCAGAGGUAAAAAAAUUGCACUUGGAGUCUCAACUGGGUCCUUCCAGGAAAACUAUUCAGUGUCUCUGUGAUUUAAUUCACAUCUGUGACACACAAAAGGUAAGGAACAGGUAUUGCAGUGAGAUACAGGUGUCUCUCACAAGUGCUUCCAGCUGUUUACAGGGAGAAGCUCUUCAGGAGGGAGGUAGACCAUGGGAAACAGGGUCUUCCUUUUGUAAAAGAGUACAGAAGGAUUACAAACAGUAAGCAUUGCAUUUCUGAACUAUAAAAUAUAUGUCAACAGUGUAGUGACACCAAAUCUGGCAUUUCACAAGAACAAAUUGUUUUUAUUUCAUGGAGAUUUUCCAGUGUCUUGAAUGCUGGCUGCUUCUGAGAAGUGCUGUGUAUUUUAUUGUCUCUAAGAAGAGCUGUCUAUGGGGCUCCCCAAGUUAACUGAAUUUCUAAAAUACAUGGAAUUAUUCUGCAAGUGUCCCCUACCCUCAAUACCUGCAAUAUUUGAUAGAUAUUUUAUCUGACUAUCUCAGGUGGUUUCUUUUGGCUUACUUUCUGAAUAACUAUAACUGAAUGUGUCCUUGCAGCUCUACAGAGUGCCACACAGAAGCAUUGUCAUUUUAAUUUUUUUAACACAACAUAAAAUAUGUCUAACUUCUGAAAAAUAUUAAGACAUGAAAAUACCAUUCAGUAAGUUUUAUUGUUAUUAUUUCUAUUACACCAGUAACAACACCGUUCUAUAAGAUCAACAUGAAGAGGAGUCUGUAGUCUAGAUCACAGUUAAACCUUUUUUUAAAAGAUGUUUCAGGAUAAAGGGCUGUAAUGCACUUGUCUGCUAACAAAAGGAUUAUUUGUAUUUAGAAAAUAAAGAGCACACUUUUAGCAAACAUUCUGUAAAGGCAGGAUAAGUAUCCCAACACUUGGGAAAGUUUGGGAAGAAAGAUGCUGGCGACUCUACAAAUUAUUAUGGUCAACUCUUGCUGCCUCCCAAAUAUAUAUUGUAUGUUUUCAGAAUAUGCAUUUUCCUGUAUUUUUUAUGUGUAUUUUUUUGGUGUCCUGUAUCCAAAAAGGGCCAAUUACAUUAUGACAGGAUGUGAAAUAUGAAGCAUGUGAUUCACAGUUUUUCACAGCUUUUUGUGUAGAGCAAAUGGGUCCUUAAAUAUUUAUCUAUGCUGUCUGCAGAAAUGAGGUAACACACUGUUUGUUUAGGCUGUGCUUAUUGUCAUGAUAGAAAAUGAAUGGUUUUGAUUAGAUGAUGAAAACUUAAUCCUGUAUUUAUGUCAAAAGGUGAGAUAAAUGCCCUUGACUAACACCACA